AUCUCAGAUUUCUGUUGACAGCUGCCAGCAGCUGCUCACAUUUGCGGCGUCGCUUAUCUUUUAUAUUUGGUAAUUGCCGAAAAUUUAAAACGUUAAAAGUUUGACAAUGGACUUACCAGCGGCAGACGUGGUGUUAUAUAGCGUACUUGGAGUGAUCUUGUUAGAAAAUAUAUUUGAUAUAUACAUCACUUUUCGUCAGAUACAAGUUUAUAAAACUGCUCUAAAAGUACCCAGGGAGUUGAAAGACUGCAUGAGCGAUGAAACAUUCCAAAAAGCGCGACUAUAUGGUCUGGAUAGAGCCAAUUUCGGUGUCUUUAGUGCCAUUAUAAAAGAUGUAAUCCUAAUGUGCUUCGAACUCUAUACUGGUUUUAUUGCCGUACAAUGGGCCUGGGCAAUAGACUUAGCGAAACUUAUGCAUUUAAACAGCGAAAAUGAAAUAAUUAUCAGUUGCUUGUUUGGAUUGGUCACCAGUGUAAUAGGGACUUUUAAAGAUUUGCCAUUUAAAAUUUACUCUACAUUUGUGCUGGAGGAAAAACACGGCUUUAAUAAGCAAACCGGUGGUUUUUUCGUCUGGGAUCAAAUAAAGGGAUUUAUUGUGACCCAAGUAUUGAUGGUUCCUAUUAUCUCGGCGACCGUUUGGAUUGUACAGAAUGGUGGCGAUCAAUUCUUUAUCUGGCUUUGGCUCUUCACAGGCGUUACAUCAUUGGUUUUGCUCACAAUAUACCCAAUAUUUAUUGCGCCACUUUUCGAUAAAUACACUCCUCUCGAGCAAGGUACACUACGCAAAUCAAUUGAGGAUCUAGCCGCUACGCUAAAGUUCCCACUGACCAAACUCUACGUUGUAGAGGGUUCAAAGCGAUCAUCGCACAGCAACGCUUACUUUUAUGGUCUAUGGAAUUCCAAACGCAUAGUUCUCUUUGAUACCUUACUACUCAACAAAGGUAAACCAGAUGAUUCUGAACUGAAAGAGGAGGACAAGGGCAAGGGCUGCACUAAUGAAGAAGUACUUGCCGUUCUGGGCCAUGAAUUGGGCCAUUGGAAGUGUGGUCACGUAACCAAGAAUAUAAUCAUUGCACAAGUACAUUUACUGCUAUUAUUCGUCGUCUUUGGAUAUUGUUUCACUUAUGGACCCUUCUAUGAAGCCGUCGGCUUCCAACCUGGCACGCGUCCCAUCAUUGUCGGCUUGCUAGUCGUAUUCACAUAUGUCAUGGCACCAUAUAAUGCUAUUGUAAAUUUCGCCAUGACCACACUUUCGCGUUACUUUGAAUACCAAGCCGAUGAGUUCGCACAUGGACUAGGAUUCUCGAAGCAAUUGGGUCGUGCUUUAAUCAAAUUGAAUUUGGACAAUUUGGGCUUCCCGGUCUAUGAUUGGUUAUACUCGGCCUGCAACCAUUCACAUCCAACACUCUUGCAACGUAUGGAUCGUCUCAAACAGUUGGAUACAGAAGAUAAAAAGGAAAAGAAGGAGAAGUAAACGUGAAGAUGGCAUUCGAGCUGAGUUUUUUUUCGAAAUAAAGACGUUUGAUUUAAGAGCAGACGCUGUCGUCAUUAUACUCGGUAGAAAAUGCUGCAAUCAACAGUUACAGUAUCUAUGCUGAACUAGUCUCACGCCGAUUUCAAUUACAUAAUCAUUAAGCAUCCUUUAUAUCGUUUUUUUAUUGUAUAUUUGUAUUUUGCCAAAUUUUAUUUCAUAUAAGAAAUAAAUCAGAAAAGGCACACGCUUUUAAAUAUGUAAAAAAAAGGUA